CUUUCCCCCUUCCCCCCCCCCCAUUGCAGGUACAUCGUCUUUGAGGGCGAGGAGGGGCAGGACGCCGGGGGUCUCCUCCGCGAGUGGUACAUGAUCAUCUCAAGGGAGAUGUUCAACCCGAUGUACGCCCUGUUCCGCACCUCACCUGGAGACCGGGUCACCUACACCAUCAACCCUUCGUCCCACUGCAACCCCAACCACCUCAGCUACUUCAAGUUUGUGGGGCGGAUCGUGGCCAAGGCCGUCUACGACAACAGGCUGCUCGAGUGUUAUUUCACACGUUCCUUCUAUAAACACAUCCUGGGCAAGUCUGUCCGGUACACGGACAUGGAGAGCGAGGACUAUCACUUCUACCAGGGCCUGGUCUACCUGCUGGAGAACGACGUCUCCACGCUGGGCUACGACCUGACCUUCAGCACCGAGGUCCAGGAGUUUGGGGUCUGUGAAGUGCGGGACCUGAAACCCAACGGAGCCAACGUGCUGGUGACGGAGGAGAAAGAAGGACUAGUGGCACCUCGUCUGCAGAUGACGAUGGCCUGGCAGCCAUGCCGCAAGCAGCUGGGCUCGCGUUCCUGGAGGGUUUUCUACGAGAUCAUGUGGGGAGCCAUCCGCAAGCAGCUGGCCGCGUUCCUGGAGGGUUUCUAUGAGAUCAUCCCCAAGCGCCUCAUCUCCAUCUUCACGGAGCAGGAGCUGGAGCUGCUCAUCUCGGGGCUCCCCACCAUCGACAUCGACGACCUCAAGGCCAACACCGAGUACCACAAGUACCAGGGAAACUCCAUUCAG